AUGCUGCUGCUCAAGGACGCCAUGGUGGCUCCGAGGAGCGCCGUGGUGGCGCGACUUCUCCGGGGCCUGGGUGCCCCGGCGCAGGCCCGAGGCCUGGCGGGGCCGGAGCCGCAGCAGGGCAGCGGCGGCGGCAGCAAUCCCGACACCUACGACGUGGUGGUGGUGGGCGCGGGCAUCCUGGGCCUGGCCACGGCCCGGACCCUGCUCCUCCGGCGGCCGCGCCUCCGCGUGGCCGUGCUGGAGAAGGAGGCGGGCGUGGCUCAACACCAGACGGGCCACAACAGCGGCGUCAUCCACAGUGGCAUCUACUACACGCCGGGUUCGCUGAAGGCCCAGCUGUGCGUGCGCGGCGCCGGCCUCCUCUACGCCUACUGCGACCAGCGCGGCCUCCCAUACCGGCGCUGCGGCAAGCUCGUGGUGGCCGUGGAGCGGGCCGAACUCCCCCGCCUGCGUGCCCUGUAUGAGCGCGGCCUGCAGAACCACGUGUGCGGCCUGCGCCUGUUGCAGCCGCCCGACAUCCGGGCCCGGGAGCCGCACUGCCGCGGCCUGCUGGCGCUCGAGUGCCCCUCCACGGGCAUCGUGGAUUACACGCGCGUGGCCGCCGCCUUCGCCGAGGACUUCCAGGAGGCCGGCGGCUCCCUCUUCACCCGCUUCGAAGUGAGCGCCGUGCAACUGGCGCCCGACCUGCCCGGGGCCCCCAUCGUGCUGCGCAGCGCCCGCGGAGCCCACGUGCACGGGAGGUUCGUGGUUACGUGCGCCGGCCUGCACUCGGACCGCGUGUCCCAGCUGAGCGGCUGCAGCCCACAGCCGGUCAUCGUGCCCUUCCGCGGAGACUACCUGCUGCUCCAGCCCGACAGGACCCACCUGGUGCGGGGCAACAUUUACCCCGUCCCCAACCCCGACUUCCCCUUCCUGGGCGUCCACUUCACGCCCAGGAUGGACGGCAGCGUCUGGCUCGGACCGAACGCCGUCCUGGCCUUUAAGCGCGAGGGCUACGGCCUGCUGGACUUCUCUGCGCAGGACACGUGGGACUCGCUCCGAAACAGCGGCCUGGUCAGGCUGGCCCUCGGCAACGUCUCCUUUGGCCUGGGCGAGAUGUACCGAGCCUUCUUCCUCCCCGCCACCAUCAAGCAGCUGCAGAAGUUCAUCCCCGAAAUCACCAUCAGGGACGUGGUCAGGGGCCCCUCUGGAGUCCGAGCCCAGGCCCUGGACAACCUCGGAAACCUCGUGGAGGACUUUGUAUUCGAUGGAGGCGCAGGGGUGCUGGGAACCCGCAUUCUCCACGUGAGAAACGCGCCAUCCCCCGCUGCCACCGCCUCCCUGGCCAUCUCCGAAGUGAUUGCUGAUGAAGUGGAACAGAGAUUUAAAUUAUAAACCGUGUAGUUUUUUUUUUUUUCAUGACAAUUCAGUGAAAUGACUGGACUAAGUUAUUCUGAAGAAAGAAUUGGUAGUGAUAUUAAGUAU